CUGGCAAUGCUGCCACGCUCAAAAAAUCGUGCAAUUUACUGUAAAUAGUUGUAGUUGUAGUAAUAUUUUCGAAAUAUGGCCGAAGGAACGUACGAAUACGAAUGCAUGAGAGCCGAGCUGCUGGGAUUAGAGCGACCCGAUUAUGACGAAUUCACCAAGAAGCAACUCGAAACAGUGCAGAAGGUGGCAGAGGAUGAGGAAGCCGAUGUGGAAUACAUUAAGGAAGUUGACGUAGAGAGCGAAGCAAUGGGUCGAGUUUCGGGAAAAUUCGACGAAUUGAACAAUAUUUUGAAAAAGACGCAGUUCAAAAUUAACAGGAUAAAGGCUUCCUGCGGAUCAGUAGCGGGCUUAUUAAAAAACCGCUUGGGAACGUUCAGUUCGCAAUCAUCCGUCGACGGGGAUCCAGCCGAUGUGGAAAAGACGCCGAAAGUGGAGGAAAAUACUACAAAUGGAGAAGAAAAACCAGUCCCAACUUAUAAACAGGAGGUUUCAGAAAACGGCACACCUAUCAGGAAAAGUGAAUUGGCCAAAGCCUUGGACAAAGAUUUGAGCAGCAUCGAUUCCAUGAUAGCUAAAGCGGAAAACGCAGAGAUUUCCAUGGCAUAUCAAGCGAAAGAAAUGAGGAAGUUCAUGAAGUAAUUUAUUAAAUCGAUGGUUUUAGUUUAGGCGAAUUAUUUCUCGCAAAUUGGUUAAAAACGAUUUCGAGAAAUUGUAUAAUCUAUACAUAAAAAAAUGUACUGAUCAAUGCAUAUUAGUAAAUUAAAUUAUAAGGUAGAUUUGUUUCUAAAUAAACGUGCUAAUCUACGAUUAUAUUCAAUCAUUUUGUUCUUUGUGUAUGCGAAAAAUGGUUAAUUUAUUAAUAUGCCUGUUAGCUAAUUUGUUACAUAUUUAAACAAUGUUUAAGAUAGAAAUUUAGACAAUAUUAUUUAUAGAAUUGAAUCGCAAAUCGAAGUACCGUUUAGUGGUGUAAAAAAUACAAGAAUCGGUUGCUUUAAUCUGCUAUUUAAUAUUAUAUUGCUCUAUUGUACAUACGAAGGAAAAUCAUUAUAAACACACAACCAAAUAAUACAAUGUAGGAAUAAGUAGUUGACAAAAUUUUAGCGUAAUUCGAUUUAUAUAACUAGUAAUUUUUCUUGAGAAUAUUUUAGACUACAUCAUCAGUAAGAAGAACUUUUCUACUCAGUUUUGUAACUUGCAGUUUUAAAAGAUUUUUUUAACUAAUCUUCAAUAACAUCUAUGCAUAAAUAAUAAAUAGAAUCGUAUUUUUUAGAAUAGGAAAGCUUUUGAAUCUAUUAUCUUAACAUCUAUAUUUUUUUUAAUUACAUUUUGUCACUUUCGGACUUUCCCUCGUGUAUAAAUAUUUAUCAAUAUAGUAAUUGACACGUUAUUAAACUUGUAAUUUCUUUAUAAAAAAGUAAUAAAAUU